AUGGAUUCAGUGAGCCGAAGCAUCUUCCUGGCACUGGUCUGCCAAAGCAGUGUGCUAGUUCAGGGAACCUCCAUCAGGGGAGGUUCGUCCGUAUCCGCCGAGGACGUGGAGGCUUACGACAUGUUCCGCAAUCAGUUUGGCCGCAAUGACGCGUAUGGCUCAGAGCACUACCACGAACGGCUUGCCUUCUUUGCAAAGAGGCGGGCACAAGUCGAGGCCCAGAAUGCAAAGCCAGACGGGACCUGGUGGGCGAAGCUUAACAAGUUCGCCGACAUCACGGAUUCCGAGUACCGGGCCAUGUUGGGUUAUCGUCGUAUGGGCUGGACGCCAGCCAGCUCUGCAAUCAUCAAAGGUGGCUCCUCCUUCCUGCAGAUGGAUACCCUAGCGGCCUCCCGCGACUGGCGAGAACUCAAGUCCGGCAGCUUCCUCCGCGUGCAAGGCGGAUGCGGCUCAUGCUGGGCAGUGGCUGCAACUGGCGCGUUGGAGAUGCAUGCAGAGCUCCACAAGAAGCUGCCGAGUCCCAAGCGAUUGUCUUUCAGCCAGCUGUUGGACUGCACGCCAAACCCCAAGCAUUGUGGCGGGGACGGCGGCUGCUCUGGGGCCACUGCCGAACUUGCCUUUCAGUACGUACACGACCACGGAAUUGCCGCAGAGGACGACUACAAGGAUUCGGAGGUGAGUGGCAAGUGUAGGCAGCCCACGUCCCUUCUGAACACGAGAGGCUUCGUGAAGCUGCCGGAGAACCAGCUACUGCCUCUCCUCACCACAUUGUCGGAGAAGGGUCCCGCGGUUGUCUCCGUGGACGCAGAGGCAUGGACCAUGUAUGACAGCGGAAUCUUCAAUGGCUGCCAGCAGGAUGCGACCAUCAAUCACGCAGUCCUUCUUGUUGGCUAUGGCCAGACGCCGAAGGGGGAGAAGUAUUGGCUCAUUCGAAAUUCCUGGGGUGCCGACUGGGGUGAAGGAGGCUACUUGCGCCUCCUACGACAUGACGGGGAUGAGGCGAAUGGAGGGCACAAUGGCUACUGCGGCACGGACUACGAUCCCAAGGAUGGCGUGAGCUCAGUUGGCACACUCAUGGCUGCACGCCUGGCAUCCUCGACACCGGAGGAAGCGCACGAAAGACUGAUACCCAGGGAGCGUGUAUUCAAGCUCCGCAUCAUCUUCGAAAACAGCAAGGUGCACAACCAACCGUCACUUGGUGAGUCACCUGAACCGGAACCUGAAAAAGUAAAACUCCCUGAUAAGCAAGCAAUGCCCGUCCCCCGCGGUCCUGUUUGCUCCUGUGGAGUCGAACGCCCCGUGCCUGUCACUGCCAUCCUGUUUGCUCAUGUGGUCAUCUUGAGUCGAACCUGGUCGAUCUCGCAGGGAGCCCCUGAUGUUGGACCAGCGUCGUGGUGGCUUCGGCUUCGGCCGUUCGACCUGCUUGUGAAGAGUGUCAUGGCCGUUGACCCGUCUUUCUCCGAGUGUUUCGUGGCCUUUCUCCGAAUGCUGGGACUGCUGGGCUGUAAGUGCCUGGGCGGACCCGCUGUCCAACCUACCUCGAACCGUGACCUUGAAUUUUCCCUGCGGAGCGGGUGGAAGCAUAACCUGGGUCAAGGCGCCUCCGCAGAUCUCCAGAUCCCCGAAGAUAUGGCCGAGCGUUUGGCCAAGGUGGCAGCGAGUGCUGUAGAUGCCAUUGGCAUGCGCUUCUGCAGCGUCGACAUCAUCGACGUGGAGGGCGAGGGCCUGAUGGUGAUGGAAGUAAAUGGCGGAGUGAUGAUGGACUCGUUGAUGGCGCAGAUGGGCGAAUCAGGGAAGGCCCUGGCGGCAGAGCUCUACGAGGCGGCGGUUCUCCAAGCGCUUGGACGUUGA